AUGGAAACGCGCUAUUCUGGCUCGCUGGGGGGAGGAGCGUCGCCUCCCAUCGGGAUCGAUUGCUUCCUUCCGCCGCGGCUUGUAGUGCGGGGGAGCGAUUCGGGCCGUACCACAUGCCAGGGCGAGCGGAGGCGAUUCCGCCCCGGGCUGGGGGAGAGUGGGCGGGCGGUGGUGCGGCGCUCGCGGUCCGGAUGCUGGCGGCCGGCGGGCGCAGUUGGGGGCUGCGUUCGCAGGAUGAAGCUCGGCCGCGGCGCGUGUGGGCGGGUCGCUGCUGUGCUGCUACUACCGGCCGCCUCGCGGGCCGUGAGCGCAAGGCCCCGGGCCCGCCGUACCCCGCCCAGAUCUUCUUCCUCGCCCGGAUCUCCGACCCCCCGGUCCCCGGGACCCUACCCCUCCUGGCCCCGAGCUUCGCACCCCAGCCGGGGCGGGCUGGACUCGGCUCCCCUAGAGCGGGACGCGAUGCCCGCUGCCGGCCCCUGGGGUGCCACACCAUGGCAGGAGAAACAGGAAUCCCUGGCUAACGCUGCCUCCCUUGUACCACAGGUGUAUUUUGAUCUGCGGAUCGGGGACGAAGAUGUUGGCCGGAUCGUGUUUGGCCUUUUUGGGAAGACAGUCCCAAAGACUGUGGAGAACUUUGUUGCCUUGGCCACCGGAGAGAAAGGGUUUGGGUUCAAGGGCAGCAAGUUCCACCGUGUGAUCAAGGACUUCAUGAUCCAGGGAGGAGAUUUCACCCGCGGAGAUGGCACUGGAGGCAAGAGUAUCUAUGGUGACCGUUUCCCUGAUGAGAACUUCAAGCUGAAGCACUAUGGACCUGGCUGGGUUAGCAUGGCCAAUGCUGGCAAGGACACCAACGGCUCCCAGUUCUUCAUCACCACAGUCAAGACCCCCUGGCUGGAUGGCAAGCAUGUUGUGUUUGGCAAAAUCCUGGAAGGGAUGGAUGUGGUGCGGAAGGUGGAGAACACCAAGACAGACAGUCGGGACAAGCCCCUGAAGGAUGUCACCAUUGCUGACUGUGGCACCAUCGAGGUGGAGAAACCAUUUGCCAUUGCCAAAGAGUAAACCAUCCUGCCCCAACACCAGGGCAGGGCCAUGCAGGCUGAGCUGGCCUGUGAAGGGCUGGGGGCUGUGAUGCUCCACAGGGCCCCUUGGAUCUAGCUACCCUCUGGGUGAACAGCAGCUGUACCCUGCCACCAACCUCCUGCCUGGCCUCUCUUCCUGUUCUCUGUGACCCAACACAUUCUGUCUGGCCAGCAGAGGGGGUGUGGGUCCAUCACUUUUGUAAGAAGCACAUGCACUAAUAAAUGUGAUCAGUGUGUUUUUUAUA